UAAAACCCAGCGCGCACCAAGCACCCAGAAGAGCAGAAGAGACCCUACAGGACAGCGCGCAAAUCUCCCUCUAAGCCUCUGGUAAUAUGCAUCCUAACUUGGUGAGCUGGCUGGGGACUCUGGGGUUCCUGCUGUGGGCACUACUCUGCCUGGGCGCCCUGACGGAGGGAUACCCGGUGAAACCGGAGAACCCCGGGGAGGAUGCCCCGGCGGAGGAGCUGGCCAAGUACUACUCAGCCCUGAGACACUACAUCAACCUCAUCACAAGACAGAGGUAUGGAAAGAGGUCCAGUCCUGAGAUUCUGGACACACUGGUCUCAGAGCUGCUGCUGAAAGAAAGCACAGACACGCUUCCACAGUCGAGAUAUGACCCAUCAUUGUGGUGAUGCUGUUACCCACUUCACUGCUGCCCCGCCGCUGCUGACAUUCUGACCUCUUCACAUCCGCCACCCCAUACCCUCCUACACCAAAUGACCACCCUGCCUCUGUCCCUUUUACCUCUAUGAGCCACCACGUAUAUUCAACCCCUCCUCCUUAUCCAUCGUCACUACUGCUUAUAGUAUGUGCCAUAAAAUUGUAAAUAGUUUAUUGAGAGUUAUCAUCUGUGAAACAUAAAAGUAAAGUGGGGGGGGGAGGGCAUGUUGAUUGUAUUGUAUAA